GGCGAAUCUGCCAGUGCUGAGCUCCAUGGUUGUAUCUGGUAUCAAAGUGCAACAUGAACUUUGUGUUAAUGAGGAAGAUGUAUUUGCUGAGCUGCCUUCUAGCCUUGCUGCUCCCCCCUCUCUCACACCAAGAGGAGCAUCCCAAGCUGCUGCUCGUGUCGUUUGAUGGUUUCCGCUGGGACUACGUGAACAGGGUUCCCACACCCAACUUCCGUGCCCUGAUAGACGAGGGAGUGCAGGUUGAGCGUAUGGAGAACACCUACAUCACCAAGACCUUUCCUAACCACUACACUUUAGUGACAGGCUUGCACGCAGAGAGUCAUGGCAUUGUAGCAAAUGAAAUGUACGACCCAGUUAUGAAUCGCUCCUUCUCCAUGGAGGGGCCGGAAGUGUACGACUCUCGAUGGUGGACGGAGGCUGUUCCACUGUGGGUAACCAAUCAGAUGGCUGGAUGGAGGAGCGGGGCUGCCAUGUGGCCUGGAUCAGAUGUGUCCAUUGGUGGAAUAUACCCGACCCGUUACAUGCCAUACAAUGCCUCCAUGCCUUUUGAGAUGCGUGUAGAGAAGCUGAUCAGCUGGUUCUCAGGACCAGAGGCGAUUAAUUUUGGGGUGCUGUAUUGGGAAGAGCCUGACGAGAGCGGCCACAACCUGGGGCCCGAGAGCCCGCUUAUCGACGUGAUCAUUGAGGACAUUGAUGUCAAACUGGGCUUUCUCCGAGACGAGCUCAAGAGAGCUGGGCUUUAUGACAAAAUCAAUCUCAUUGUCACAAGUGACCAUGGUAUGACACAGCUGUCACGUGACAAAAUCAUUGAGCUGGACACUUAUGUGAGUCGAGAUCUCUACACAUGGAUAGACAAGAGCCCAGUGGUGGGCAUUCUACCUAAAGAAGAUAAAUUUGAUGAAGUGUAUAAUUUGUUGGCGAAUGCAAAUCCUAACAUGAUGGUGUACAAGCGAGAAGACAUUCCUGAUCAUUUCCACUAUAAACACAACCUAAGAAUAAUGCCGAUUAUUAUUGAGGUCAAAGAAGGCUGGACCAUCGUACAGAACAAAACUGGACCCUUUAUGAUGGGCAACCAUGGCUAUGAUAACCACCUCCCCAGCAUGCACCCUGUGUUUGUUGCCCGUGGCCCAUUAUUCCGUACAGGUUACACUAAGGCCUCGAUGCGCUCAGUGGACCUCUACCCUCUUAUGUGUAGUGUUCUGGGCAUUCAAGCACUGCCCAACAACGGCUCCCUGAUGAGUGUGCGCGAUCUGCUGGUGGAGACGUUCACAGCUAGACCUGUACCUCUGUCCGUACGCAAGGAGCCCUCGUGUGCCUGGGUUGUGGGCACUGUCCUGGGCAGCGGCCUCGUCUUGGGAUUCCUCAUUACGUUCGUGAAGCAGUUGACACAGAGGCAACUGCCCCCAUUGCCUCUGACCAACAGGGAGAUUUCACAGCCCUUACUGCAGGAAGAAUUGCGCCUUUAAUGAAAAACAGUGUUUCUCAUUAUUACGUUAUUUUAUUUAGAGAAGGGAAAGCUUGCAGUAACACUACAGUCUCUAGUGGGAGGCUCUUGGAAGCAUGUAGCAUUGCUCCACUCUCUGGUGCUUCAGAGCCAAUUUUUACUCUCUGUCAUUUUCAAAUAUUUAAAAUUAAACCCGAGAGAGAAGGUCACAUUAAUUUGUAAAUCAGCGAAAGAGAGGACAACUACCAAAUCGAAUCCAAUAUCACUGGUGCUAUGCCAAGGUUUAGCAACUGUAGAGCAAUACAACAAGAGAAGCUACAGGCAAACAGUCUGAACAAUCAUUCAAAGUCCUCUGCUGAUAAAACUGAGCAUUUUCAAUUUCCGAAAUCCUGUGGCCUAUAUACUUAAAAGGUAGACUGCCUUUCAGAUUUUUCAAGUAUAGGUCAUAAAAAGAAUUUUCCCUGACACCCAAUGAUUUUUGUUUAGUGGACCGAAAGCUACUGAAGUCAAAUCAGACGUCCAAUUUUAUUAGUUUUUUAAAAAAUAGAAUAAUUAAUGAAUUUAGGGCCAUGUGGCCCUAAAUUCUCAGCUAUUUUUUCCUGCUUCACCACGACCCAAUUCAAGAUACUAUGCCAUGCAUCACGUGGUGGGCUUUCCCCAUUUGCGCAAGGCAUUAUGGGGAAACAAAUUCGAAAUGAGAGAAAAACGGAGGACGCGAGUGUGCGAACGAAACGUGAAAGACCGACAACAGUAACGGAAAGCAAGAAGAAAAGACAUUAUGUUGCGAAGGAAAGGAAAUGCAGAACCAAACUAAUAAAUGUUAGCGGUCAGCGAGCACCUCGGUGUGAUCAGCUGUUUGUUUAGCGACAGAAUGAUGUGACUGUCAGUGCACGGUCAAAGGUAAACCUGCGCACACGGACUUCCUCGGUCUGCCUGACUGCGUGAAGCAAGCGAUUUCAUGCACGUUAUUUGCUCGGGAAGCUCCUCAAAUUAAAUAACUUCCCAGCAAGAGAAUGGCCUGAUAUUUUGAAAGAUAUUACAGAAAUAAACAUCACAAUGACCAAAUUUCAGAGAGAACUAAAUUUCACUGAUUUUAUGAAAUCAAAAGGCAGUCUCACUUUAAAGGAAAAAAAAACAGGAAAAAAAAUUGAUUUAAAAACAAAAACUUUUACCCUUUUAAAGAUACAAGAAACCUUUUCUUCUGGGAAAGGGAAAAAAAAAAAGAGCCAGAGACAGUGCUCCAUUCUGUAUUUAUUGAAUGUUUAACAAGUGAUAGUUCUCUUUAGGACAAGGGCAUUGGCAUCUUAGCUAACUGCUUUUUAUACUUUGUGUUUCAUUCAUUGAGAUUUCUUUAAUCAAGUACAGUGCAAUGGCUACAUGCUUUGUUUUGUUUGUAUUGCUGGCAUAAUGUUUUUUUGUGUGUUUAUUUGCAUAAAGUAGGUAUUUAAUCUGCCUCGGUGUUGCACUAAGAUUACUACAAGCUAAUCAGGAUUUGUAGAAAGUGUAAGGGAAUGGUAUGGUUUUAGAUCAGUUGCAUUUUGCACAAUAUUUUCCCAUGGUUUUAGUAUUUUUAAAGUACGUGCCAAAAUACUUUAGCUACAAAACAUGUGAAACUUAAAUUAGUGGUAUUGAUUUUCUAAUUUUAGACUCAAUUUUACAUGAGACCCCAACUGGGGAGAACCACUGUGAUUUCACUUUUACAGGUGUUAAAAAAAAAAAAAGGAACAAAAAAAAAAAAAAGUGUUUAAACACUGAUGUAAUUAUUGGUGGUACAUUUAGUUGGUACACAUGUUGCUUGUAAAAUGUUAUGCUUUUAUGCUGUGGCUAAAACUGGGCGGGGACGAGGGGGAUGGGGG